AUGUCUUUUCCACCUUACAUAUGUUAGUUAAUUUGCAUACUCAUCAUCACCUCCUCACAUAGGAAUUCAGACUCAGAGAGAGAGAGGACCGAGAGAGAGUUAGAGAGAGAGAGAGAGAGAGAGAGAGAGAACAUGGGUGAAGAGAAGAAGGAGGAGGAGAAGAAAGAAGAAGCCAAAGAAGAGAAGAAGGAAGGAGAUGAACAAGCAAAGAAAGAAGAAGAGGCUCCGGCAGAGAUUGUGUUUAAGGUUGACAUGCAUUGUGAAGCCUGUGCUAGGAAAGUUGCCAGAGCCUUGAAAGGAUUCCAAGGUGUGGAGGAGGUGACGACAGACAGUAAGGCUAGCAAGGUGGUGGUGAAAGGGAAAACAGCAGACCCUGUAAAAGUUCGUGAAAGGCUCCAAAAGAAGAGUGGAAGGAAAGUGGAGCUCAUUUCACCUUUGCCUAAACCACCCGCUGAGUCUGAGGAUAAAAAACCAGAAGAAAUCAAAGAGCAGGAACCCCCCAAGGCUGACAAGAAGGAAGAGCCUCCUACACCAAUAACAGUCGUGUUGAAUGUUAGGAUGCAUUGUGAAGCAUGUGCUCAAGCAUUACGAAAGCGAAUUCGGAAAAUCAAAGGUGUGGAGUCGGUGGAGACGGACUUGGCUAAUGCGAAGGUUACGGUGAAAGGGAUUGUGGACCCAACAAAGCUGGUUGAUGAUGUGUACAAGAAAACAAGGAAACAAGUAUCCAUAGUACUGCCUGAAGAGAAGAAGGAACAGGACAAGAAAGAAGAUGAGGAGAAGAAGAAAGAAGAAGAGAAUCAGGAGAAGAAGAAAGAAGAGAAGGAGGAUGAUGAUGAUGAUGAAAGUAAGAAGAAUGGUGAUAUGAUGAAGAGAAAUGACUACUGGCCAUCCAAGUACUACAUGGAGUAUGCUAAUUCUGGUUAUCCCCCUCAAUUUUUCAGUGAUGAGAACCCAAAUGCUUGCUCCAUCAUGUAAAUUGAUCAUCAAAGCACUCUUUUUUGAAUGUAAUAAUUAAGUUGAGGUUCAUGCACGUACGCCAUCCUCAUUAGUGUUUGUUUGUAAUUAACUAGGAUGAUGAUCAUCUUGCUUUCUAUCAAAAUUACAUGCGUUGUUGUAAUUCUCAGUCUAAACACAUUGAAGA